AUGGAAGAUGAAAAUCCAACAGAAGAUUCACCAGAUAUUGGGAUUGCAGCUACAAACGCUGAUCCUUCUCAUGAUUUAACUGAGCAAAUCGAUACUUGCCAACAUCGAUCUCGGGAACAAAAAAAAUCACAAAUAGAAAAAAAUAGUGAUUCGCCAUCUUUAUUCCAACAGAAAGUUUUGAAAGUUUUGGAUAAAUCCCAUAACGAAGAUGAUGAUGAAGACAAACAUUUUCUUCUGUCAUUUUUACCCGGAAUGAAGGCAAUCGAUAACUCCAGUAAAAUGGAUGCCAGGAUUGAAUUUAUGCAGGCCAUAUUAUCAUAUUGUAAUUUAAAAUGUGUAUUUAUUCUUCUACUUAAGAAAAUUAAAAAUAAUAUACCAUGCAACAACUGA